CUCAGGAAAAAAAAACUGUGCAGAUGCCAAGUCCAUGACACUUAAAUUAGAGGGAUAGCUAGGCCAUGUCUCUUUAGACAGAGCUGUCUUUAGUUCGUGCAGAUGGUACUGUAGUGAAUCAAGGGUUGACGUUUUAGCGCUUCUGUGGGAAAUAAGUUCCACGGUUACCAAAUGGGAAUUUAAAAAGGAGGUGCUGACUUGCAGCCUCUCGUCAUUUACUUCACUCUUGUCUGUCGUCCACAGUGCCACUCCGGUCUGUUUCCCCAGGCGCAGGUGGAGCAGCCAUGUCCACUGGCUCUGCUGCAAGUGAUGCCGAGGACGACGAGACAUGCCACAGAAGGACUACCGCUGCCAUGGAGGCCAGCGCACGGAAAGUCACCUGUUAUAAUCCCAGCCGGUACUCGGAGGAGGAGUUGGAAGACGAAGGUGUUGAGGGGAGGAUCAAGCAGGAGCGCAGACUUUCCAAAGCGCACCAGAGGGAAACGCGACAGUCGCAGAGGAACGCGGCUAACGCCAGGGAGAGGGCGAGGAUGAGAGUGCUGAGCAAAGCUUUCUCCAGACUGAAAACCAGCCUGCCCUGGGUCCCAGCGGACACCAAACUUUCCAAACUGGACACCCUUCGUCUCGCUUCUAGCUACAUUUCCCACCUUAGGCAGCUUCUGCAGGAUGACCGAUUCGAGAGCAGAUUUGCACACCCAGUCAGUCUGACCUGGCCAUUUAUGAUGACAGGAAGGUCAGAGGAAGACAUCUCAUCCUCUAUGAGACUUUGUGGAGCAACAGCUUAGGCGACACGUCUUCACCCACCAAGUUCAAGCUCUUCAGCUAAAACCUGAAGACAACAACAACAAUAAAAACAAAAAGGAGGGGCAUCAGUUUGACCCAAUUUUAACCACGUGCCUUAAACAAUGACUGUGGAUUCAAAACUAUUAUGUUUUACUGUGUGCAUGUUUGCUGAAAUCAGUAUUAUGUCACAUUUACACUGAGUGUAACAUCUAAUCUUCAUUUAUGCUUGAUUUUUUUGUGUAAAAUUUGGAUUUAGCAAACUUCUUUAAUAUCUUUCACCCCAUCAGUCUGUGCACAGCAUCAUUAAACUGUUAUAUGGCUGAACACACUUUUGAUACAUUAAACAGUUUCGGCAGCUCGGCCUGUGCAUGAUGUCCAGUUGCAGUUUGAUUCUUUCAUUCUGCUCUAUGAGGGAAUUUAAAAAAAAAAAAAAAAAAAAACACCUCACAACUUAAAAUACUUUCUGCUUUUUGCUAGUUUGGCUUGACACUAUGACAGUGACCAUAAUAUUUCACCUGUAUUGUAGAUCUAUUUAUUGUGUUCGUGUUUUAAAGUCUUUGCAUUUGAGACAA